UGUACUUAGCGUACUCGUAACAGUAGAUUCUGUCCCCUGCGUUGUAAGUCCCCUGUUCCAUGCUCCAUGUGAUGUGAUUUGCUAAAAUAAUGGAGGAAACAGAAAUUGUGACGCAGACUCUCUGUUCAGUCAGCUUUGAGUUUUAUAACAACACUGAAAUAAAGAAGUUGAGCGUGAAGGAAAUCAAUAAUGCCCAGACAUUUGAUACACUUCUUAAUGCUAAUCCUGGAGGAUUAUACGAUUCAGCAUUAGGUCCAACUGACAAAACUGAUGUAUGUGGAACAUGUGGUCUUAACUUUGUCCAUUGCCCAGGACAUAUGGGACACAUUGAACUUCCUGUUCCUGUUUUCAAUCCUGUAUUUUUCAAGAUAAUGUUUAAGACUUUAUGUGGAUCCUGCUUUGAGUGUACACGGAUGGCAGUUAAGACAAUAAAUAGUGCAGUAUUCAUAAGUCAAAUGGAAUUACUUGAUCAUGGACUUUUGACAUCAGCCAUGGAAGUAGAACAAUAUGGAAAUCACCUUCAAAUAGAAAUGCAAGACUCAGAUGAGAUACCUGACAAGGUCAACCAAUGGGUACAACAACAGAUAAAAGACAGCUCAAUUGAAAAAGAUUGCUCAAAACAUAUAACGGCAGCCAGGACAUCAUUUGUGACUAACUUUUUGAGAGAGUAUUUGGCUAAGCAAGUAAAAUGUCCACAUUGCCAAGAGAAAAAGAAGAAAUUACAUCAUGAGCAUUUCAAUAAGAUACUUCUGCAACACAAAUUAUCAUCUAAAGAUAAGUCAAAAGUGAAAAAGAAAAAUGACAAAAAUAAUAAAGAAAACGAAGAAGAAGAGGAUCCAGGUGAUGAGGAAGAGGAUCAAAAUCCAUCAAAAUCUACUGGUACCCAGAGAUACUUAACACCUACAGAGCUAAGGGAACACAUGCGUGGAUUGUGGACAAAUGAUAAGACAUUACUGAAACAUUUGUUUAAAGCUCUGUCAUUAAAUGUGGCAGAUCAGUCAACAGAUAUAUUUUUUCUGGAUGUUAUUCCUGUACCCCCAUCAAGAUUCAGGCCAGUAGCAAGAAUGGGUGACAAACAGUUUGAGAACCCUCAGACUGCUAACCUCUCCAGACUUCUGAGUGAUUCAGUAGUAAUAAGACAGAUUAUAGACUUGAUGGAUAAACAAAACAAGGAUAAAUCAGAGACUGUUGAAAUACCUACAAGUUUAUCAAUGGUACCAGGAAAGACACUAGUAGAUAAGCUACAGAAUGGUUGGAUACUUUUACAAACACAUGUUAACAGCUGUUAUGAUGGUGAACUUGAUAGAUUAUCUACAGAAAAAAGAAAUGGAAUUAAACAGCUCCUGGAGAAGAAGGAAGGAUUGUUCCGUAAGAACAUGAUGGGAAAGCGUGUUGACUUUGCUUGUAGAUCAGUUAUCUCCCCUGAUCCUUCUUUGAAUACUAAUGAGAUUGGCAUCCCGGAAGUGUUUGCUAAGAAGUUAACCUUUCCACAGCCAGUGACCCCAUGGAAUGUACAUGAACUAAGACAAGCUGUUAUAAAUGGACCAUUAAAACAUCCAGGGGCAUCCUUUGUGGUAAAUGAAAAUGGCGGAAAGGUCAUGUUAAGUGCUACAGAUAAAACCCAAAGAGAGGCUAUAGCUAAACAGCUACUAACACCAAGUAAUAAUGGAUCUAUGAUGGGAUGUAAAAAGGUGCUUAGACAUUUGAAGAAUGGUGAUGUUCUAUUACUUAACAGACAACCAACACUUCACAAAUCUAGUAUACAGGCACACAAGGCUAGAGUGUUACCAGGAGAGAAAACAUUAAGAAUGCAUUAUGCUAACUGUAAAGCAUAUAAUGCUGAUUUUGAUGGAGAUGAAAUGAAUGCUCAUUUUCCACAGAAUGAACUGUGUAGAGCUGAAGCCUAUCAUAUAGUGGCUACAGACCAUCAGUAUUUAGUGCCAAAAGAUGGCACACCAUUGGCAGGCCUUAUCCAAGAUCACAUGAUUGCUGGAGCCUCACUAACAAUGAGGGGAAGAUUUUUCAACAGGCAGGACUACUGUCAGCUGGUGUAUACAGCACUAGGUGAUAAACCUGGAAAUAUCAGGAUGUUAAAACCAGCUUUGAUAAGACCGUUCACCCGAUGGUCUGGUAAACAGGUUUUGUCAACAGUUCUGAUAAAUGUCAUUCCUCAUGGUAAACCUGCAUUACAUUUGGAUGGUAAAGCCAAGAUUAAUGAAAGGAGUUGGGCAGAAGGUAGGAAACCAAAGUAUGGAAUUCAUGAGGAUGUAUCAGAGGACAUGGGAGAAAGUCAUGUGAUCUUCAGGGAUGGGGAGUUGUUAUGUGGUGUCCUUGACAAAGGUCAUUAUGGUCCUACACCUUAUGGACUGGUACAUUGUUGUAAUGAGUUAUAUGGAGGUGUGGUAGCAGGCGAAAUAUUAACAUGUUUUGGUAGAUUAUUUAUCAACUUCCUAGCAACAACGAGAGGAUUUUCACUGGGUGUUCAAGAUAUUCUAGUCACUAAAAUGGCUGAUGACAAAAGAACAGAAGCUAUAGAGAUUUCAAAUAAUGUUGGCCCGUCUGCUGCAGCAGAGGCCCUUGGUUUUGAUUGUUUACCAGAACAGGAAGUCAUGUUAAAGGCCCUGAAAUCUGCACAUUUUAACAAAGAUGAUAGACAGCUGAGAGAACUAGACCUUAGCAUGAAAGAUAAAACAGACAGAGUACAAAAUGACAUAGCAAGGGCCUGUAUGGGUGGAUUAGAACAAGUCUUUCCCAGGAACAACUUACAGUUAAUGGUACAGUCUGGAGCUAAGGGUUCUACUGUCAAUUGUAUGCAGAUAUCAUGUUUGCUGGGACAGAUUGAAUUAGAAGGAAGACGUCCACCCCUAAUGUUAAGUGGUAAAACUCUCCCAUCUUUUUGCCAGUAUGAUGUAUCUCCUAUGGCUGGAGGUUUUGUUAGUGGGCGGUUUCUCACUGGAAUAAGACCUCAAGAAUAUUACUUUCAUUGUAUGGCAGGUAGAGAGGGUUUGGUAGAUACAGCUGUAAAGACAAGUCGUAGUGGUUAUUUACAGAGGUGUCUGAUCAAACAUCUGGAGGGAGUGAUGGUGAAUUAUGAUAUGACAGUCAGAGACAGCGAUGGUAGUAUUGUACAAUUCAAUUAUGGUGAAGAUGGCCUUGACAUUUGCAAAACUGGUUUCCUAAAACAGAAGCAGUUCCCUUUACUGCUAGAAAAUAAACAUAUUUUAGAGAGUAAACAAGGUGGAAACAAGGAAAUAGAAUUUGACAAGAAAGUAAAAAAAUGGCAGAAGAGGAUAAGGAAAUGGCACAGAAAUCAUGGGAAUUCUCGGGAUUCUGGCUUCCUAGAAUUCUGUAGAGAAAACAGCGAUAUGGAAGGUGAUGACGAUGAAAUAAAAAGUCAUGGACGUACAAAGGGUGCUCUUCAGUUGGCCCAGAUGUGGAGAAAUCUAGAUGCUGAUGAAAAGGAAAAAUAUUGUAAUAAUAAGGGACCUUGUCCUGAUCCCAUUACCUCUAAGUAUCUACCUUUUGAGAAGAAUGGAGUAUUUACAGAGAAGAUGGGCAGUAUAAUUGAACAAUUUGCUCACCAAGAACUUGGAAAGCUGCCAGCAGGAAAAGAUGUUAAACCAGAAGAGUUCACAAGUUUGUUAUACAGCAAGGUACAGCAAGCACUAGCACAACCAGGUGAAUCUGUAGGAUUGUUAUGUUCACAGUCGAUAGGUGAACCUUCAACUCAGAUGACAUUGAACACUUUUCAUUUUGCUGGUCGUGGUGAAAUGAACGUGACCUUAGGUAUUCCUAGAUUAAGAGAAAUUCUGAUGGUAGCCAGUGCAGCUAUUAAGACUCCCUCUAUGGAUAUACCUGUCAAUAACACUGAUGAGGCCAGACAAGUUGCUAAACAUUUACAGAUGAAGUUCAAUCGAGUAUUGUUAAAUGAGGUACUUCGAGAUGUAAAUGUGUGUGAAUAUUUGAAAGUUAAAGGAGUUAAUAAAAGCCAUAGAUCUAGAGUAUUCAGAGUAAAGUUUAACUUCUUACCAGCAGCUAACUAUAAGAAUAAGUUGUGUGUCAGACCAAAGAAUAUUCUACAUUAUAUGGAAACUGUGUACAUCAAACAUCUCAUUUCACUGAUCAGGAAAAAGAUUAAAGAAUUAAAAGAUGCAAGGCUGACGAGUACAGGGACAAUAGCACAGAGGCCACCACCAAGGGUGAAUCAUGAUGCUGCUACAGCUCUACAGGAAGAUUUAUCUGAUGUGGAAGAGGAUGAUGGGGAUGCUGUGGCUGUGAAGGAGAGAGGAAGGAUGGAAGAGGAAAAGGAAUAUGAGGAUGGGGAGGAAGGAGAAGAUGAAGAAAAUAAAACACAAGUAGAGGAUAUUGAUGACCCAGAGGGAGAAGCAGAAGUAGUAGAAAUGGAAGGAACACAGGAUGACCUUGAAGAAGAGGAAAUGGAAGAAGGAAUCACAAGUACAAUAAAGGUGGAGAAAAAGAAAACUGAAGUUAGAAUUAAUAGUGUGUUACAGUCAAGUGCAGUAGUAAAGGAUUACAAAUUUGAUACUAAAAAAGAAGAAUGGUGUGAAGUAACCUUACAGUUUAAUAUAUUGGACAGUAAGAUAGAUUUACCAUCAUUGAUUGACCUUGACAUUAGAAAAGCAGUAGUCCAUGAAGUACCAGGCGUCACAAGGUGUUUCCUGUCUACACAGAAAAAUGGAGAAGUCCAUCUCAAAACGGAAGGAAUAAACAUUUUGGAGGUGUACAAAUAUUCUGACUUCCUGGAUAUAUCCCGUUUAUAUAGUAAUGAUAUCCAUGCUAUGGCAGAGAGGUAUGGUAUAGAAGCUGCUGGCAGAGUUAUUAUAAAGGAAGUACAGAAUGUAUUUGGUGCUUAUGGUAUUGAUGUAGACUACCGCCAUCUUUCUUUGUUAGCAGACUAUAUGACAUUUGAAGGAUCUUAUAAACCAUUCAAUAGAGUUGCUAUGGAAACAUGUUCUUCGCCUUUACAACAAAUGAGUUUUGAAACAACAAUGCAUUUUCUAGUGAAUGCUAGUAUCCAUGGAAGUAAUGAUUCUUUGAAAUCACCGUCUGCUCAGCUAGUGACAGGAAAACUUGUUACAUGUGGUACUGGCUCAUUUGAAUUGAUGAAUAGAAUAACUGUUUGACCGAUUUUAAUAAAAAGAAAUUGUUUA